AUGAGCGACAUCCACGAACCCACUGACAUCCCAACCAUCUCAUCAAGGGAGACUCAACAGGAGUCGUGCUCAUGGGCAGAUGCGACGGAGGAAAUCAAAUUGGCAGGACCACAUGACUCUCUCCAUGUGGAAGCUCCAAUGACAGACAUGCUCAAACCCAUAGGAGCAAUUAAAACUAGAAAAUCGACCAUCGGAGCCUUGGACCAGGAAAUCACCGCAGCUCAACGCAGCAAAUUAAGGAUGCUGAAAGCAAAGGCUCACAUCAUCAGAGAAGUGAACCAGGAACUAUCCCGGGUACACGAGAUGCAGGCUCCAUACACCAUUGAGGAGUUGGAGAGCCAACGUGAUAUUAUUGGUUCUGAGUGGGCAGAGCUCAAUAAAAUCAACGACCAGCUGAUAGAUUCAUUGCCGGCAGAGCAUGAGUACCAUGAGGGCAAAGAAUACGAUGAAGCAUCCCACUACAAACGAGGCUGCUUAACAUUAAUGGGCCAGAUCAGAGGCCAGAUUAUCAACGUUCGGGAUGCAGCUAGAUCGCAGGACGCGACGUACGCCCAUCAACUGGGGACGCUCAAAAUUAAGCCCUUUGACGGGAAGAUAGAAGAGUGGAGGGAAUUCAGCGAGUCCUUCCUGACGAUGGUAGGAAGCGACGAGAGCAUUCCCCCAGUCAAGAAGCUCAUGUGGCUAAAAACAUUUUUGAAAGGACUGCCAGCCGAGCUUCUCGCUACCUUCAGUACUCAACCAGCAAGCUACGAAAAGGCGUGGCAAAAAUUAGUCAGGAGAUAUGAGGAUCCAAGGUUAGUGGCUCAGACAUUGUUUAAUAAAGUGUUAGACUUGCAGCACAUCAGCAAGGCCACUGCAGAAAGCCUCGGAUCCAGAGCCUCAACAGUGGUCGAAACCCUCGACCAGCUGAAGGAUGUUCCAGGAUCAGACGCCGAGAACAUCACUGAGCAGUUCUUCGCCCACAUACUAAGAAGAUCCCUAGAUGUGGAUACUCUUAAGCAGUGGGAGGUGAAGCUGGGAACAUCCAAGGACUUCCCUAGUCUGCAAGAAUUUGUGGACUUCCUUGAGGCUUAUGGGAGAGCACUCAACGCAGGGGCUAGCCUCAAGGACCAUCAAGAGAGCGGUCCGGCAACCAAGAAAAUCAAGAGUGGAUACAUGACAACGCAGCAGCCAGAGAGCCACUCAACGGAGAAGCUACUCCCCAAAACGAACUGUGCAUAUUGCAAGGGCAGGCACUUUAUAGCACUGUGUCCACUAUUUAAGACGCUCAUCCCAGUGAAGAGGAAUGAGUUCGUUGUGCACAAGGAAUUAUGCUUCAGGUGCUUGGGUCCUCAUCGCAAGCCGAAGUGUAAAUCUACAAAGACGUGCCAUGAGUGCAACAGGGAUCACCACACGCUCAUCCACAACGGCAGUUCAUGGACAACAACGCCAGCGGUCGGAACUGGACUCAAAUCAAAGGAGAGAAAUGAUGAGCAUCCAAAGCCAGGCACCUCAACCAGACUCAGUACAUCAUCAGCAUCAUCAGAAAUCAGCACUCCGAGGAUCAAUGAGAGGUCAACAGAAAUCCACGCAGUACAUCAGCCAGAAGAAGAUCAGCAAGCGGUAUUACUCGCCACCGCUAGACUCAGAGCGCAUUCACCUAGAGGAUUCAUGGUGAAGGCAAGAGCGCUAAUUGAUCAAGGAUCAGAGCUAUCCUUCAUCACCGAUCAAUUAGCACAGCAACUGCAACUCAAGAGAAGGCCAUCAUCAACAGAAUUAGUAGGAAUUGGCGGAAUAAAUUCAGGCAUCACCAAGGGCGUAGUGACUGUCAUUCUUCAAUCAACUCAGGGGCAGAGGCACAUCACAAUCAGCGCCCACGUAUUGAAGAAACUGACGACUACACUGCCAUCAUUCUCAUGUACAUUAGCAGACAUCGGCUCACUAGAGAAUCUUCAACUAGCCGAUCCUCAAUAUCUCAGACCUGGACCGAUCGACAUCAUCAUAGGAGCAGAUUAUUAUGGGCGGAUCAUCGAGAGUCAAAUCAUCAAGUCUAGACGAACAGCAGUAGUUGGCCAACGCACAGCAUUUGGGUGGAUACUAUCAGGACCAGUCAAAUGCACAAGUUGUUCAACGAAGAUUUCUUUAUCUGCAGUACGGGAAUCAUCAAACGAACAACUACUAGAGCUUCUCCAGAAAUUUUGGGUCCAGGAAGAAUUGCCAAUUCAACAUCAACAAUCAGAGCUGUCAAUAGAGGAACUCGAGUGCGAGAAGCACUUUCAAGAAACCCACCGCAGAGACGAAACCGGACGCUACAUAGUGAGACUUCCAUUGAGGACGUCAUCAGCAGCGCUCGGCGAUUCAAAAAACAAGGUCUCACGUCAAUUAAAAUCAGUUAUCAGCAGGAUCAACAAGGAUCAAGCAUAUGCCCAACUCUACAAGGAAUUCAUCAGGGAGUACGAGGAAUUGGGACAUAUGACAAGAGCGUCAGAACUUCCAGAAUCAUCAACAGCCUACUAUCUACCGCAUCAUGGAGUUUUAAGAGAAGACGCCAUCACAACAAAGCUGAGAGUUGUAUUCAACGGCUCCAGCGCCAGCUCAUCAGGUAUGUCACUUAACGACAUUUUAUAUCCUGGUGUUAAAUUACAGAUCAACGCGAUGAACGUCUUAACCCGGAUGAGAAGACAUAAGCUCGUCUUUGGGACGGACAUCGUCAAGAUGUUUAGACAGAUCAAAGUACAUCAGGACGACUGGGAUCUUCAAAGGAUACUGUGGAUCGAUGACGAUCAACAGGAGAUUACGUUCCAGUUAACCACAGUGACCUACGGUCUCAAUUGUUCGCCCUGGUUAUCACUCAGAGUGCUCCAACAAUUAGCAGACGAUGAAGGACACCGUUUCCCAGCAGCAGUCGAAGCGAUCACGAGAGGUCGUUACGUCGACGACAUAUACGGAGGGUCCGACUCAGAAGAAGGCCUCAAGGAAAUAGCAGUGCAGCUUCAAGAACUAUGCAAAGCAGGCGGUUUCGAUCUACAAAAGUGGAGCAGUAAUUGCCCAGAAGCUCUUCAUCAACUAGGCCUAACAACAGAUAGCAGCCUGAUUCAGUUUGAGGAAUCAGUGACAAAGGUACUUGGGUUGUGUUGGCACCAGGCAACCGACACAUUCAGGUACAAAUCGAGGAGAUUCAACGCAGCUACCAUCACAAAAAGAACAGUGUCAUCGGAGAUAGCUCAGAUCUUCGAUCCAUUGGGAUUCAUCGCCCCAGUGGUAGUACAAGGGAAAGUUCUCCUGCAGGAGCUAUGGAAGCUCAAAGCCAACUGGGAUGAUCCUCUUCCAGAGGAGUAUAAGGAACGUUGGAGGACAUUCCGAGAAGAUCUCACCAACCUAGACAGAGUCACCGUACCUAGAUGGAUACAGUUAUCAUCGAAGACUGCCAACAUCCAAAUACACGGAUUUGCAGAUGCAUCAACGGUAGCCAUGAGUGCAGUGGUCUACCUUAGAACGAGAUCAAGCAACGAGAAUCCAUCAACAACUUUAGUGUGUGCGAAAACCAAGGUCGCACCAAUCAAAAGGAUGACCAUACCUCGGCUAGAGCUCACAGCAGCUCUACUCUUAACCCAGCUAGUGGAUUCAACAUACGAGAUGCUUCAACUAGACCGGAAUCAGAUGGAAACUUAUCUCUGGUCAGACUCAUCAGUCACACUAGCCUGGAUCAGAAGCCCAGCCUCAAGAUGGAAGGAUUUCGUCCAUAACAGGGUCAUCAAAAUACAAGAAACGCUACCAAAGGCCAUAUGGAGACACGUCAGUGGCAAAGAAAACCCAGCCGACUGUGCCUCAAGAGGAAUCUCACCAAACGAGUUAGUAGAUCAUCCACUCUGGUGGUCAGCACCAAGCUGGAUUAAUCAGGAUCCAGAAGACUGGCCUCAAUCAACCAUAGACGUAUCCAAAAUGGAUACUCCAAAGGUGGCCAAGGAAGCUAAACCAGUACCAGCACAUCCCGCAAGGAUGAAAAUCAGCAAAGUAGCAGAACUCCUCAACAGAUACAGCACAAUGGCCAAACUAUUAGCAGUAACAGCAACUAUCAACAGAGCGAUCGACAGAUUCAGCCGGCGCCCAACGCCCCCGGGACCUGUCCUGACAACUAGAGAACUAAAUGAAGCAAGAACAUUCUGGGUUAAGGUAACACAAGCACAAUAUUUUGAAUCAGCUAUUAGACUUUUGCAGAGAGAUCAUCAGUUACCAAGAAGUCAUCAGCUAGCUAAGCUAACACCAACGCUAGAUGAUCAAGUCAUCAUGAGACUAGGAGGUCGUCUGAAGAACGCUCAACUCAGUCCAGACGAAAUACAUCCCAUAAUCCUGCCCAGACAGUCAAGGUUCACCACAUUGGUCAUUGCCGAAGCUCACCAGAGAACCCAACAUGGAGGUACCCAACUGACUUUAGCCUAUACGAGACAAAAAUACUGGAUCGUAGGAGGCAGAGGCACCGUCAGAGCACACAUCUUACGUUGCGACAUCUGCACCCGUCAUCGAGGAAGACAAGCUCAACAGCAGAUGGGUCAACUGCCGUCAACAAGGAUUUCACCAGCCAGGGCAUUUCUCCACACAGGAGUGGAUUAUGCAGGUCCAUUCCCCAUCCUGAAGUGGAGGCCAACAAAUUCACAACCAGGAACAGUGCAUAUAGCAGUAUUUGUGUGCUUCACCACGUCAGCAGUUCACCUAGAACUAGUCAACAGGCAAACAACAGAGGCUUUCAUCGGCGCCUACAAAAGGUUCACGGGAAGACGUGGCAUUCCAGCAGUCAUGUAUAGUGACAAUGCCACCACCUUCACAGGAGCAGCAGAGGUCCUAGAGCAACUUUAUCACCAGGAUUCAAGAGAGAACCAACAAGUUCAGGCUGUCCUCGCAACCCAUGGAACUCAGUGGAAGUUCAUCCCGCCAAGAGCACCACACUUUGGUGGUAAAUGGGAGGCAGCUGUUAAAUCCGUGAAGUAUCACCUGAAGAGGAUACUAGGACCAUCUACACUCACAUACGAAGAGCUCAACAGCGUGAUCAUCCAGAUAGAAGCCUGUCUCAACUCCAGACCAAUCUGUCCCAUGUCAGAUGAUCCAGAAGAUCUCCAAGUGCUCACUCCAGGACACUUCCUGGUAGGAGAGCCCCUUCAACUAGUACCAGAACCAUCUCUUCUCCAGAAACCUAGCAGCAAGCUACAGAGAUGGAACCUCGUCACCCAGAUCACCCAACAAUUCUGGUCCAGAUGGUCUAAAGAGUGCUUGCAGAGAUACCAAGCAAUCUACAAAUGGAAAAAUCAACAGGACAACAUCAAGGUCGGCGACAUGGUCCUGAUGAUGGAUGAAUAUCCACCAGCAACAUGGCCAAUCGCCAGAGUCAUCGCAACACGACCAGGAGCAGAUGGACUCACCAGGGUCGUCACAGUGAGAACAGCAAGAUCCCAAGUGGCAAGACACGUAGACGGAUCACCAGACCCUCAAAAUAUAAGGGUAACUUACGCAGAAUUUGACAGACCAAUCGCCAAACUCUGUCUACUACCAUCAGAUCCACCACCAGCAGAAGAACCUCCAGAGGAACAACAAGGGGAUCUCCAGGAAUCACAGGACUGA